AGUGUAUGUAGCGACUAGUGACUCUCCUAUUGGUUCGUUUGUCGAGUAUUACUAGCGGAUGUAGACAUAGCGUAUUUUAUUUAAAAACGAAUAUUUACACAUAAAAAAUUAGUUCACAGCGUUACGCUGACAAUUACAAUCGUUCCCGCGAUAUAAGGGGCGACGUCACUUUCAAUAUGAAAGCUGUAAUUCAACGAGUGACAAAAGCUAGUGUAUCAGUUAAUGGUGAAAUUGUUAAUAGCAUUGGAAAUGGUCUCUGCAUCUUAAUUGGUAUAAAAAGAGAUGACACAUUGGAGGAUAUAAAAUAUAUAGUAAAAAAAAUAUUGAAUACUAAAAUCUUUGAUGACAAUAAUGAUAAAAGAUGGGGUGCCAAUGUUAUGGAUAAACAAUACGAAAUAUUAUGUAUUAGUCAAUUUACGCUAUACCAUAAUCUAAAGGGAAAUAGAUUAGAUUUCCACAGGGCUAUGCCUGCACAAGAGUCAGAACCGUUUUACAACAAUUUUCUUGCUGAACUUGGUAAAAAUUAUAAACCAGAAUUAGUCAAAGAUGGUAAAUUUGGAGCAAUGAUGGAAGUUAAUAUACAAAACAGUGGACCUGUAACUAUAGAAGUAGAAUCUCCAAUAAAAUCUAAUGAAUUAAAUCAGUUAAAUGACGUCUAAUGAUUUUUAAUAAAAUUUCAAAUACAAGAAAACUAACAAA